AGUGAGGGGCGGACUGUUUGUACAGUUGAGAAAUUGCCUUGAACAUCGGCUUUACACCAGAUUUAAACUGUGGGUUAAUUAACCCGCCAGCCUAAACUUGUAUUGCACGUUAAAAUAUUAUCAUUGUCGUAGUAUGUGGUCGUCCGGACUGCUAACAUUAGCUCAGUAAGUUAACGCAUCCUCGGCAGCAACUCUGUAACUGAACGCUGGUUCAGACAGCGCUCCAGCAGAAUGGAUCCUGAAGGUCGCCAGCAUAGUCCAGGAGGAGACCAGAACCCCAAACAGCGUAGGAGUCUGAGGAGCCUGAACGCGCUCACCACGAGGUUUGUCAAGUUGUUGCAAGAGGCUGAAGGCGGAGUGCUGGACCUCAAAGAAGCGGUAAGGGUCCUGGCUGUCGGACAGAAAAGGCGAAUCUAUGACAUUACUAAUGUGCUGGAGGGCAUUGGUCUGAUUGUGAAAAUGUCCAAAAACACAGUAAAGUGGAAGGGUACACUGCCAGGAGAAAAUGCACACGAGUUAACCAACAGACUUAUGGAGCUGAAGUCUGAACUGGAGGACUUGGAGGAGAAGGAACAUAUGUUGGACCAGCAGAAAUUCUGGGUUGAACAGAGCAUCAGGAACACAUCUGAAGACUGCAGCAAUCUGACCUAUGUGAAUCAUGAAGAUAUUUGCAACUGCUUCAGUGGCCACACACUGUUAGCAGUGCGAGCACCGUCUGGCACACAGCUAGAUGUUCCCAUUCCUAAAGCUGUCCAGAACAGGCCAGCAAAGUACCAGAUCCACCUAAAAAGCAUCAAUGGGCCGAUAGAUGUCCUGCUUCUCAACAAACACUCGGCCAGCACUGCUGCUGUCGUAUUACCAGUCCCACCGCCUGAAGACAUUUUACGGAGUGCCAGAUCAGCCAUGUCCACCUCAAAUGAGACAGAAAGCAGUACUGCACCUUGUCAGGCUUCAGCUGAUACAAAACAUAGCACCAUAUCUAGAAGAACGACCAUGGAGGACAUGCAGCGUCUUCAGUCAUUGUCAACCAUAAACGUGGAGCCUAACAGAACUGAUACAUCCGAGUUGCGGGAUAUAUCAAAAGAACUGGAGGACAUACUACGGCCCACUAAAGAGUUAAUGAAUGCAGAUCUAAUCACAGAGCUCCUGGCCUCUGAAGUGUUUUCUCCGCUCCUCCGUCUGUCUCCACCCCCGUCUGAACAGGAGUACGUCUAUAAUCUGGAUGAGAGUGAAGGUCUCUGUGACCUCUUUGACGUCCCCGUUCUCAAUGUUUGACCAUAACCUCCUGUGUUAAGAUGCUCAAAAGUAAAUAUGUUUGAUCCGGAAAUAUGUAGAGUUCUCUGUUUUAAAAUUGUUUUUUCAUUAU